UGACUGUACGCCGCUGAUCGUCAUAAUACGUUUUUUUCAAAGGGAGCAACGUGUGACUGACGAGUCAACGCACCGAUAUUUGUAUUCCGGAAGUAGUUCCGGUAAUCUGUCUCUUUGCAUGUGUAGUGAGGGUGCAUGUUUCAACGCAGCAUUCGAGCAUUCUACGCGCACGUGACAGUUUCAGCUUUGUGUUUUAAAGGGAGGAUUUUGCACCCGUCUACGAGUCGCGCGAAAUUAAUUUAAACACGAUUUGAAUACGAGCUUCAAUAUAAAAAGUUCUGUUGCACCCCGUUUUUCAAAAAAAAAUUCGGGAAAGUUGUACUUUUCCUCAUUUUUUUUUUCAAAAGGUUCAUCAUAGAUUGUCACUCAAUUUGGAUUCAGAAAAAAGUGCCGGGUAAAGGUGAUUGUGACUGAAACUUAAGAUGUUUUCGGUGCUACUAGUGGUGUGGUCGAAAUAAAACUAAAUAUAUAAUUACUUUGGAAAUUAUUUACUUGUGGAACUGAUAUUCGCUUGAUGUGUUACGGAGUAGCUGAUUACUGGAUUUUGCACCGGCACCAGUUGUGUAUUGCUGUCUAGAAUGGGUGUUUGCAAAACAAAUUUCCACCACAGGCAUUCCGACAUUUUUACUUAUUAGACGACAUAUUAUCAAGUUUUACCAGUUGAACAAACAUGACAAGAAUUCACCGGUCAUCACGAGUUUCUUCACUGCAAUAAAGAGAAUAUGCAGUGACAGCUGAAUCUCAUGCGUGACAUGAAUCCCCAACUGGCCGCGUAGUACACUUUCGGAUGUAAUGAUAAGAUGAUGCAAGAUUCGGAACUAAGGAGAAGACAUUUGUACUCUCCAAGCAGGUGGAGUAUCAGAUUACUGAUCCUAGCCAUCAUAUGUCCCUAUUUAUUUAUUUCAAAAGUCGCCAGUCAGACAGCAGAAUGUCCUCCUUCCGAAACCAUUCCUGGAUGCCCAUGUUAUGAUUUUGAAGAUGGCCUGUUCCUCGAAUGUGCGGGUUCCACGGAAGACACAAUCAGGUCGACAUUACAAGGAGUGAUUAACACUGCAGGAGAGGGAGCCGUUCUUCAAUCGUUAAGAGUCUAUGAACUAGAUAGAACUAUCGAAGAGUUAAAGGAGGGGCCCUUUCCACCAGGCUCACAAAUCAGGCACCUGGAAAUUUCUCACUCCUCUCUUCGGGAUGUUAGUGAAACCGCAUUCCUAAAUGUGAAAGAUAGUUUGGAAUCUCUGGGAUUAAUUGCAGGACGACUACCACAGGUGCCUCAAAAAGCAUUGGCUAAACUGCAUAAGCUUGCUGCAUUGGACCUUGAAGCUAACCUGAUACAGGAACUGUCCUCCUACUGCUUCUAUGGCCUCAAGCUAAUCAAAUUAACGCUCAAAGGAAAUCAGAUAUCGAAAAUCUCUGAAUACGCCUUCGCUGGGCUCGAGGACAGCCUCAGUGAUCUUGAUAUGGCUGAAAAUAAAUUAAAACUCUUCCCAAUAGCACCUUUCAGGAAACUACAACACUUAGAUUCACUGAGGCUGGCUUGGAAUGAAAUAUCAGAACUUCCAAGUGAUGGGCACUCUGUACUUCACUCCUUGUUGAUCCUCGACCUUAGUAGCAACGAUUUUGAAAAAUUAACCGAGGAUUGUUUUCGACCUUUUCCACUUUUGGAGACCCUCUCGUUGUACUACAAUUCUAUUGAGACAAUUCACAAAGAUGCGUUUGUUUCCCUCAAGGAACUCGAAUCUAUUGAUUUGAGCCACAAUAAAAUUGUAUUUUUGGAUGUUGCAACCUUUAGAAGCAACGAACGCAUUCGAACAAUUGAACUCAGUCAUAACCAUAUUCACUACAUUGGCGGAGUCUUCGCGAAACUUCCGGAACUCCGAGAACUUUAUCUGGCUGAGAACAAUAUUUUAGAAAUUCCUGGAGAAGCUUUUGUGGGUAGCAUUGCUCUCGAGGUGGUAUACCUACAACAAAAUGCGAUCAGACGAAUCGAUGGCAAAGGCCUUACUAGUUUGAAUCAACUGACCCAAUUACAUUUGAGCAACAAUUAUAUCGAGAAAGUUCCUAAAGAGUUUUUCGCAACAUGUAAGAAUCUCUCCUCGCUUUUUCUCGAUGGUAAUAAAAUCCGGGAUCUCCAACCCGGGAGCUUCCUGAAAUUGCAUCAGCUUCGCGAACUACGCAUUCAAGAAAAUGAAAUUACGGAGGUAAAAAGAGGGGUUUUCUCGCCACUUUCAGCCCUCUUAGAGUUGCAUCUGCAGAAAAAUACCAUUAGGAGUAUAGAGACAGGUGCAUUUAGCUCACUAAAGAGCCUUCAGCAUGUGAACCUUCAAGGCAAUCAGCUGUCGGUUUUAGGCGACGUUUUUCAAUUUUCAUCCUCGGAUUCUUCUAUUGGUGUGAGUUCCCUCCUCUCCAUUCAGCUAGAUAGUAAUGGUCUUCAUACCUUACACAAUGAUACUUUAAAAGGUCAGGCAUCGGUACAGAUCAUGUGGCUUGGCCACAACAAGCUGACACGCUUACAAGCUCUCUUGUUUCGCGACCUUUUUUUGGUAGAGCGAUUAUAUCUAACCAACAACUCGAUAUCAGUCAUAGAAGAUUCCGCUUUUCAGCCUAUGCGAGCGCUGAAAGUUCUAGAACUGAGUGUAAACAAACUCACACACGUAACAUCUAAAAUGUUUUCCGAGUUGCAUGAAUUGGAGGAAUUGUAUCUUCAGGACAAUGGUCUCAGGAAAUUAGAUCCCUACGCACUGACUGCUCUGAAGAAGUUAAAGGUUCUAGACCUAGCAAACAACCAUCUUACCGUGCUUGAAGACGAAAUGUUUCAAUCUGCUUUACCAAUUAAAACUCUCAAUCUCAGAAAUUGCUCGAUAAUGAUUAUUGAGAGUGGUGCUUUUAGAGAUCUCUCGAGUCUGAAUGAACUCAAGUUGGAAGACAAUCUUCUCACAGCUUCUGCCCUGCGUCGUCUUCAGAUUUCAAGACUUCAAAUACUCGCAGCUGCGGGAAACAACUUUAGCCAAAUUAUGGAACACAGCCUGAACGGACUUCCUUCUCUUCAAGACUUGUUCUUCGAUGAUGCCCAGAUAUCUCAAAUGCCAGAGACGAUAUUCGUUCUGAAUAGAAAUCUAGCCCGUCUGCAUUUGACACGCAAUUUGUUGCGUACUCUUCCUCCAAAUAUCUUCAACGGACUUCAGUUGCUUCGAGAAAUUCGACUGGACCGAAAUCGAUUUGCGGAUAUACCUUAUUCCGCCCUAUCGGAUGCAAUGAACCUCGAAAUCCUCACUCUGUCUUAUAACGAGAUAGUUACUGUGGAUGUAGCAAGUUUUGCAAGACAGAAAUACCUGAGAGAACUGGAUUUGAGUAACAAUAAAAUAGAGUCCAUGUCGGGGUUUGCGAUGGCAAAUCUCACUCGCUUAUUAUUGGUCGAUUUAAGCAACAAUAAUUUGAAUGCCCUACCAGCAAACUUUUUCACUCAUUCGAACUUAUUAAGAAGGGUUGAUCUUUCGGAAAACAAAUUCAGACAGAUUCCAGCUGUUGCAUUAUCUGGUCAAAAUUUGCCAGGUCUUGCUUGGCUGAAUUUAACAAGAAAUCCUCUGAAUCGAAUACAUGAUUUACCGUCAGAAGCAACGUAUCCGACUUUGCAGGAAAUUCAUAUAUCCUGUACGAAUUUGAGUAUUGUUACGUCACAAGAUUUUGAAGCCUUUCCUGCUCUGAUCCACCUUUAUCUAAGACAAAACAGCAUUCUUAGAGUAUCGCCGGGAGCGUUUCGAAGUCUUCCUAACUUGUUGACCUUGCACUUGGGGAUGAAUAGUUUGGAGAACCUACCAAAGGAGCGGCUUCAGGGUAUGGAACACCUCCGCAUUCUAAACUUGACGCACAAUCGACUAAAGGAGGUGGAAGAAUUCCCAGCGGACCUCAAAUCCCUUCAGAUUCUCGACCUCUCAUAUAAUCAAAUCAGCAUCGUUGGGAAAGUCACGUUCAAGAAUUUAAUCAGCCUUGUUGAGCUGCACCUCUAUGGGAAUUGGAUCAAUGCAAUAUCCAGUGAGGCGUUCAGGCCUUUGAAGAAACUUCGUCUGCUCGAUUUAAGUAGGAAUUACUUAGAAAAUCUGCCGCUCAACGCCUUCCGACCUUUAGAGACGCAGAUUCGAAGUCUUCGCGCUGAAGAAAAUCCGUUGCACUGCGGCUGCGAAUCUCAAGAACUGUGGGAAUGGUUGCGUGAUCAUCAAAAGAUGGUAGGUGGCGUUGUUCGCAGUCACGAUGAAAAAAGUGGAGUGGGAAUCACUAAUAUAGAGGGUGGUCUUCUAAGAUGUGAACAACCACCAGAACUUCGAGGACUUGUUUUUCUUGAUCUGGAUCCAAAUGCCUUCUGUUCCUCUCCUCUUGUUCUGAAGCUCGCCAUUCAAGAUAUUCAACCCUUUUCAGUUCUUGUCUCUUGGCAAAGCAGAAAUCAUUCUGGUCUUCAUGGAUAUCAAGUUGCUUAUCAUGCACUUGAAAAUGUUGACGAAGUACGUGGGAAGUUACUGGACCCUAAGGCGCGCUCAGUAAGGCUGACGAAGCUGGCCUCAGACACGCGUUAUCUGAUCUGCGUCCUUGGCUUGGGUAGUUGGGGAACCCCUAUGCCUGAGGACAUUAAUUCCUGGCAAUGGAACGCCUCUCAAGAUGACGUGAUCGAGAGUCCAGCGAUGCCAGUGAUGGUCAACUCUCCCAUGAGUAGGUGCACAGAAGUCAGAACUCUGGAAUCCCCCAGCUCAAUAGUGGGUGAAGGUUCCCUGGGUGAUAGGGGUAGUCUAGCCAAUAUCCUCACUCGAAGACUGGGGCUAAUUGUCGGCAGCUGCAUGGGAUUCGUGGUAUUCGUUUUACUGAUAACCAUUCUCGGCUACUUAAAGAUGAAGAAACAAAGAGCUUCAGUUAAAAGGGAACAACCCCUUGCUCCUAAUCCUCCUGAGUACAUGUCAUACAGGCACUUUUCACUUCAAAGUGGCGAUCGGGCCGAAAACGCCUGUCCUAGUUUCAUCAGCAAUAUUGGUACUACCCCUUUAAAUUCGUAGCAUAAGCCUAUCAAAUCCUGUCCCUUGAAGGAUGAGCAGAUCAUAAAAAUGAAGAAAAUUACCAAAUCUUAAACGAACUAAUGAUCCGCAAAAGUCAAAAUGAAGUGGCCUGAUUCAGUUUCAAGAGCUAAUAAUCUUUUGAAUAUUUUAUACACGGAAAAUGGAAGUAUCAUGAGUGUAAAUAAGACCCUAAUAUGAAUAAUCAAUAUAAUAAAUGUUCGGUGCCGCACUAGUAAAAAGCUACUCUUACUAGAAAAGAAAACCGCGUUACAUUCACCCUUACCUAAAAUAUAAUGUCAAUUUCAACAAUGAAUACAUUUAUUUUCAACUAAAUAAUACAAUUUUUUAAUGUUUAAUUAAAUACAAUAAGUUCAAAGUAUUUCACCUUUUUUUAAUUAAACGUAAAUUCCAUUGGAUUAACUUAAACUCAAUUCUAUUUCAUGCACUUCAACAUAUGGUAAUGUGCAUUCCAAUUGAUUCCUUUUCAUAUCAUUUUGUGCCAUCGAAGAAAGUCAAUUUAAUUUAGAAGUAAUAGCUUUUCUAGUGACGCGUUGCUUCAGAAGAAAGGUGCAAGUUUACUGCAAGAAAAAGGACCUGUUAAUUGAACAACAUCGACAAGUGCCGUGGAGUGAAAAGAUCAAAAUAUACUGUAAAUAAUGAAAUCCGUUAGGUAAAACUAUCGAGCAACGAUGAGAUGACCUCUAGUGUGUUAAUCUCGCGCAAAGACUGAUUUUUUAGAACAUUUUUUUAUUUCGACAGUUUUGAGUCCCUGGUCUAAUAAAGACUGUAGUUGACGUGUUUAUACAAUUAUAACGAAGACUCUGAGAAUUGAAGAAGAUGUAUCCAAUCACAGUAACACUCAUAGUUCUGCGAAGCAAUAUUAUUCGUAUCGAUAAGUUUGUGUAUGUGUGUGUGCUCGGAAAAUUAGGGAGCUCUGUAACUCAUUCGUCGAAAAUCAGUGAGAUGAGAGGACAGAUUCCUUCCGGGAAAUCGUUAAUUCUUCGAAAUAAAGGAUAAACGAACUAUCAAAAUUAUGUGUGAUUCCUGCCAAGAUUUUAAAUUAAACUUUGAGCUGCUGAUUGUCAUCGUGUUAAGAAAGCAAUGAAUUUUGGUAGAACAAAAACUGUACAUAGAUAACU